GGCGGCGGCGGGGCCGGGGCCGGGGGCGGCGGGGGCCGGGGCGGUGGGCCCGGAGCGGAGCGCGUCGCGAUGCAGAAAUACGAGAAGCUGGAGAAGAUCGGGGAAGGCACCUACGGAACCGUGUUCAAGGCCAAGAACCGGGAGACGCACGAGAUCGUGGCGCUGAAGCGGGUGCGGCUGGAUGAUGAUGAUGAGGCUCCACGACGUCCUGCACAGCGACAAGAAGCUGACCCUGGUCUUCGAGUUCUGCGACCAGGACCUGAAGAAGUACUUCGAUAGCUGCAACGGGGACUUGGACCCAGAGAUCGUCAAGUCGUUCAUGUACCAGCUGCUGAAGGGCCUCGCCUUCUGCCACAGCCGCAACGUCUUGCACCGAGACCUUAAACCCCAGAACCUCCUUAUCAACAGGGUCGUCACGCUGUGGUAUCGGCCCCCCAGACGUGCUCUUCGGCGCCAAGCUCUACUCCACCUCCAUCGAUAUGUGGUCAGCUGGCUGCAUCUUUGCAGAGCUGGCCAAUGCGGGGCGGCCCCUGUUCCCAGGGAACGAUGUGGACGACCAGCUGAAAAGGAUUUUCCGGCUGCUGGGAACCCCCACCGAGGAGCAGUGGCCGGCCAUGGCCAAGCUGCCGGACUACAAGCCCUACCCCAUGUACCCUGCCACCACCUCCCUGGUCAACGUGGUCCCCAAGCUGAAUGCGACCGGCCGGGACCUGCUGCAGAACCUGCUGAAGUGCAACCCAGUGCAGCGGAUAUCGGCGGAGGAGGCUCUCCAGCACCCCUACUUCACAGACUUCUGCCCUCCCUAGGGACCCCCCCAGCGCUGGCCAGGCCCCGCGCUGAGCCGGGGGGCAGCACCCCGGUUCCUGGCACGCUCCUGGCAGCGGCGGGGAGGGGACAGCCCCCCAGGGCGGCGGGGAGGGACACGAGGUGAGGAUUGAGGUGCCAGCACCCCGGAACUGCAGCCCCCACCCCCCCCCGCCCCCCUCCCCCGGUAUUUAUUAGGUUUUUAACCCAACGCCACCCGGGUUCUGCCCCGGCUGCGGGGUGCUGGUGCAGCCCCCCCCCCGCCCCUACCCCCCCAACCCUGCUGGGGGGCCAGGGCUGCUCCCGGGACUGGCCAAGAGGGCACAGAGCCCUCCCCGGGGACACGGGGCCAUGGUGCUGGUGGAGGGGCAGGACACUCCGGGACCAGGCGUGGGGACCCUGGUGGGGGGGAUCCCCCCACCCCUCCUCUUCCUGCUCCCCCCCGGCCCCUUCCCUGGCAGGGAGGGGGUCCUGGGUGCCAGCUCCCUGGGGGGGAAGGGUGCGCCCUGAUUUCUUUUCUACCGUGCUGCUGUACGUGGGUGAAUGCGUGUUUGUUACCUCCAUAAAGAGCUUCCCUCUCCCCAGCGCCUGCCUCCUCC